CGUUCGGAGGGUGAUGAUGCUCCAGUAAUUUUCCCCGCUCCAUUCCCAGGCAUCGCUUUGCUUUCCUUCCGGGGAAGAUCGUUCCGCUUGUGAUCCUGCUGAGGAAAGAGACUCCGAUGGACUUACACCGGGCAGCGUUCAAGAUGGAGAACUCACCCUAUCUCCCCAACCCGCUGGCGUCCCCAGCACUGAUGGUUCUCGCCUCCACCGCCGAAGCCAGCCGUGAUGCUUCCAUUCCCUGCCAGCAGCCGAGGCCUUUUGGGGUCCCCGUGUCAGCAGAUAAGGACGUGCAUAUUCCCUUUACCAAUGGCUCAUACACUUUUGCCUCCAUGUAUCACCGGCAAGGCGGGGUGCCGGGAGCGUUUGCAAACCGUGACUUUCCUCCAUCCUUGCUUCACCUCCACCCCCAGUUCGCACCCCCCAACCUGGACUGCACCCCAAUCAGUAUGUUGAACCACAGCGGCGUUGGGGCUUUCCGCCCCUUUGCAUCUACUGAAGACCGGGAGAGCUACCAGUCGGCCUUUACGCCGGCCAAGCGCCUGAAAAACUGCCAUGACACUGACUCGCCCCAUCUGCGCUUCUCGGACGCUGAUGGGAAGGAGUACGAGUUUGGCACGCAGCUCCCCUCCAGCUCCCCCGGCUCCAUCAAAGUUGAUGAUACGGGGAAGAAGAUCUUUGCCGUUUCUGGCCUCAUUUCUGACCGGGAGACCUCAUCCAGUCCCGAAGACCGAAGUGACAGAUAUAGAAGCGACAACCAAAGAGGGCCCCAGGCGUCUGCAACUGCCACUCAUCGUAUGAUUUUAACUCUCCCCCUCUGCAAAAAGAAAGCGACUUUGUUUGACAGCCAGGCUCCGAUCUGCCCCAUCUGCCAGGUCCUCCUUCGCCCCGGGGAGUUGCAGGAGCACAUGGAGCAGGAGCUGGAGAAGCUCACCCAGCUGAACAUCAGCAAGAGCUCCAUCCUGAAGGACGCCAUGGCAGCGGGCACCCCCAAGUCAAUUUUGUUGUCGGCCUCAAUCAAGCGGGAAGGAGAUUCUCCGACAGCAUCACCCCACUCCUCAGAUGACAUCCAUCAUUCGGACAGAUACCAGACCUUCCUGCGGGUGCGAGCGAACCGGCAGACCCGGCUGAACGCUCGGAUUGGAAAAAUGAAACGGAGGAAGCAAGAUGAAGGGCAGGUAUGUCCCCUCUGCAGCCGACCUCUGUCAGGAUCCGAGGAGGAGAUGAGUAGGCAUGUGGAACAAUGCCUUGCAAAGAGAGAAGGUUCAUGCAUGACUGAGGAUGACUCUGUGGACAUCGAGAACGAGAACGGCAACCGCUUUGAAGAGUACGAAUGGUGCGGGCAGAAGAGGAUACGGGCUACUACUCUCCUGGAGGGAGGAUUUCGAGGUUCUGGGUUUAUCAUGUGCAGCGGCAAGGAGAAUCCAGACAGCGAUGCCGAUCUGGAUGUGGAUGGAGACGACACACUUGAAUAUGGGAAACCACAGUACACAGAGGCAGACGUUAUCCCUUGCACUGGGGAAGAGCCAGGUGAAGCCAAAGAGAGGGAGGCGCUCCGAGGUGCUGUUUUGAAUGGUGGCACACCCAGUACUCGAAUAACACCGGAGUUUUCUAAAUGGGCCAGUGAUGAAAUGCCCUCAACGAGUAAUGGUGAAAGCAGUAAACAGGAGACCAUGCAGAAGACCUGUAAGAACAGUGACAUUGAAAAAAUUACAGAAGACUCUGCAGUGACAACAUUUGAAGCGUUAAAGGCUCGUGUCCGUGAGUUAGAAAGGCAGCUUUCCCGUGGGGACCGCUAUAAAUGUCUCAUUUGCAUGGACUCCUACACAAUGCCCCUGACUUCCAUUCAGUGCUGGCAUGUGCACUGUGAAGAAUGCUGGCUGCGGACUCUGGGUGCCAAGAAGCUCUGUCCCCAGUGUAACACCAUCACGUCUCCUGGAGACCUUCGGCGCAUCUACUUAUGAAGGACCCAGCAGGAGGGAACCAGCUACUCGGCUCAGCUCAUCACACCAAGGGGGAGAAGAACGACAGCAACAAAAAAAAGACGUUUUAAAAUUGAAAGAAAAAACAAACCAGAGACUCCAGACAUGGACUUGAGGAUACAGGAGCAGUGGGGAGCCUUGACUCCCAGGUCCCACAUGUUGGGACCUCCUUCAGCAUCUGCAGCGGGCAAAACCAAACCCUUUGUUGUGAAGCCCCCUUUUUUAAAACCAGUAUUCCCCAUCCACCCAUUCCCUGGAGCUGGCUUUGCAUCGCGGAUGGCUUGUGAGCCCUCCUUUGGACUGUGUUGUUGACCACUCUGCCCCCAGGAGACUGGGGAAGGGACCCUUGACAGAAAGAUGUUAAAUAACCUGUAACUUGUGUUCUUUGUUCAGUUUUUUUGUUUUGUUUUUAUUUGGUUUGGUUUUUGGUUUGGUUCUGUUUUGGUUUUUUGUGGUGUUCUAGUGAUAAAGAAAGGUUUAAAGAAAAAAAAAAACACACCCAGGCAGAAAUGAAGCACAUGUAAUAUAGAUUAUAUAUGUUUACAAUGUUGUGUAUAAAUGGGAUAGACUCAAACAUUACAUACUAAUAAGUUUCCCUUUUUUUUUGGGUUGUAUUUUUUUUAAAGAAGAAAAAAAAAUGAGCAGAGAACAUUAAACCCAUAUUUUUCUUGGUUCAGCAAAGUUUUGGCAUUAAAGUCAUUAGUUUAAAAAAAGUAUAUAUAUACAUAUAUAUAAUAUAAAUGGUUUAAUGUUCUGUGGUGUAUAUUUCCUCAUUCAGAUAUGAAGUUAACAGCUUUUAGUAAUGGCUGUAGCAUUGCCCAUAACUUACAGAACUUAUGGGGAGUAGAGGAGGUGGAUUUUUGUCAUUAGUUGUAGCUAAUGGGGCUAUUUAUAAUAGAAUCAUUAUCCCCGGAAAGACACGGCUUUUAACUCCUCGCCGGGGGACCGGGCAGGGCGGGGGGAUCUAGCUCAGCCCCCUUUGCCUUUCCCAGCUGGGGAAGGGGCAAACGGUGCGGAGCUGGAGGGAGGCAGCCUGCCAGAGCGCUGCCCUCUCCCCCGGCCGGCAGUGCCUGCUCGAGGGUCCGGCUGACCCCCUCGUGCCUCCUCCAAGGCCGUAGCCCCUUCCCCUGCCCCUGCCUUGCUUGGCUUUCCUCUCCUCCCCUGCGGGCAGCGUUUGCUGGCCGAGGAUGCCUGAGCUGCUCCCGGUGCCCGCUGCUGAGGCAGGACGGCGGGGAAGCAGCGGGCACGGGGAGGGACGGCAGGGCACGAGGGAUGGCAGGGGACGGGAUGGCCCUGCUGGUGGCCUUGUCCGGAGAGGCUCGGCCGGUUCCCUCGCGGUGCUGGCUGCAGCGGGCCCCGGCGCUGCCCGGCAGAGAUGUGCAAGCCCCUGCAGAGCCAGCCCUACCCUGCGCCAGCUUCCCCCAGCUCCCGCUCGCUUGGAGCCUGCGUUUUGCAAAAGAGGUUUUGGCAGUAGGGCGGAGAGCCAAGCCAGCCCUGUCUCGUCCCCACGGCCACCCCCAGGGCUUGCCCGCAGGCUGCGGUGAGCAGAGAUGCUUCCAGCCGGAGCAAGAGGUUCGCCGCAGCUCCAGCUUCUUCCACGCAGUCCCUCAUGCCUGUCCCUGUCUCCCGUAUCCUCAGCCUUAACCAAAGCUGCCAUCUGGCCUGUUUUUUUGUUGAUUUUUCUUUUAUUUUUAGGACCCAAGAAACAGAUACUGAUCCAUUUCCCAAGGCGAAUGCAUGCCCCAUGUGCUGACUUCUCCCAGCCCUGCCCCGAGCAGUCGGGGGUGCCAGCUCCCCGAAGCCAGAAGACAGGGAGAUGGGGAAGCUCAUCUCCCCGGGUCCUGCAGGGUCUUUCCAAGCAGAUCCCACCUGGCAGCACAACAUGGCUGGGGCAUUCUAAGACAGUCUGGAAACAGCAGUGGAUGAGGGGUUUGGAGCUGGGACCCCAGUGCUGCUGGGCUGCCGGGGCGUUUCCAGAGAGGGAAGGGCUGGGGAGGCAGGAUGCCUUCGGGGUGACGGUCCCAUCACCACUUCCCUGCUCUGAGCUUGAUACAUUUUGCAGAGAGCAGCUGCUGUCCUCGGCAUCUCCCGAGUGAUUUCAGAAGGAUCCCACUGCACCCAACAAAAAAAAAACCCAAACCAAAUUGAAGGAGUGGUAUUUUAUAAGCAUCUUGGCAAAAGAUGACAAUUCCUAACUGAGUGUUUCCCGGGUCUCGAAGCUCAAAGCAGUGUGGUGGCCUCUGAGACCAAAGAGCGGCAGCCUCCCCUGCUCGGGGGCGCAUCCCUGCAGGGCUCCCGGGGACCAGAGGAAGCCGAGGCACCCCGGCAGGGUCCUGCUUCCCCCGGGGAGGCUGCGGGCAGGGAAAGGGUCCACAGCGGUGGGCUGUCACUGCUGGGUAACCCUCCGGCCAGCAGCACUCGGGCAGGGGAAGGGCAGGCACACAGAACUUGGGUCUGGGUUUGUAAAGGGGGAAAAAUUGGUGGGGGGGGGGGCAUGGCUCGGCUGCGAGUGCCACCCAGCCGGGGUUGCGGUGCCUGAGUGCCGGCACUGGGGUCUCAGAGAUGGAUGUGGAGAGGAUGCAGUGGGUGGGCUUGAGAGGCAGCUGGGAAGGGGGAGAGGGCAGGACACCCCACCCCAGCCCUUCCUUGGAAAUAGGCCCUGGGAGGGAGCCAGGCUUUCUGGUGGGUGUUGUGGACCAGCCGUGUUCUUUAUGUACGUAUGUGUAAAACCAUAUGUAACUAGUCAUUGGUUCUUUGUUUUGGGGUUUAUUUUUUGUUCAUUUUUUGUUUUAAUUGUAAAGCCAUCCCCUGUUUUCAAGGGGGGGCUGCAGGGGGAAGGCUGGGGAGAGAGGCAUCCCGGUUUGUAACAGGCAUCCGCCGCUUCCCCUCUUCUGUAAUGAGUUUAAAUGAUUUUAAAAAAGAAAAAAAAAUUGAAAUAUCGGAGUUACCUAUCUUUGCCCAAAGAAUCCCAGUUGCACAAAGCGAUAUUCCGGUGUGUCGAUGAUUGUGUGUCGGUGUAUAUUAUACAAAGAGGUACUUGUCACUCCCGUUUGUAAACUACAUUUGACAUUAAUUAAACAAGUAUAAAUCUUC